AUGGAUUCAUCAUCAUUGCAUAUAAACUCGGAUGACGAACGUGUAAAUCAAGAUCAUUGUUCACCAACCAAGAAACCCAUUCUUCCUUUUAUAAAAGCGGAACUCCGAUGUAAAAUUCAGCAGAAACGUUUAUCACAAGGUCUUCAGCAACUUCAGGCAGAUUUCACAGAAAAACGGCCAGCAAAACUAACAAAGGUAGAGCAUGAAAGACAAAUUGUAAGAAAAGAAAGAAACAAAAUAGCAGCAAGAAAAUGUCGACAAAGGAAGAGACAGAUAACCAGCCUUUUACAAGAGGAGAUACGGGAAUUGGCUGAAGAAAAUAAGCAACUCAAGGAAAGAAUAAAAUGCCUUGAACUAAACAGGGAACAAUUUGUAUGGAGUAUGUUAAACAAUCAAGUUACAAUGAAAAUGUUUGGAGACGUAUAUCGAUCAAUGGUGAAAGUUGCGUAAUGUGUAUUAUGACCAAAGCUUGAGAGUUGAAUGGAUGAACAAGAGAUCUCGUAAUGAGCAUUAAACAUGUUAAGCUGUUCUGGAUGACAAAUUGCAAAAGAACACGGUUGAUUUUUGUAAUAUUUAUAUUAUCGGAAAAUUGAGUGAUAGGUUUCGAAAUAUUUUACUGUAUCGCUUCUAUUUUAUUUUUCAAUAUU